GAGGACUUGCUUAGCAGUGGUGCGCUGACCAGCAGCUGUCCAGAUGGACACUGCGUGGUGCCUGCGGGUCACACUUGGAUUCUGGACCAGUCCAUCGAUGUCGAGACGCUUACGAUCUACGGCACCGUGAAGUGGGACACUUCCAAGGCGGACCUGGAGCUGCGGACCAACUACAUUCUGGUGGGAGAGGGUGGCUAUUUCCAAGUCGGUUCGCGGUUCAAUCCUAUGUU